UUUUUUUUUUCUAAACAUGAGUGUUGAAAAACGGGGGUCGUCUUAUAAUCAGGGUCGUCUUAUAUUCGGACCUAUACGGUAAUUCAUUCAAGUACAUUUUCUAUUGUCUUAAUUAUUUUUUAUUAGAUCAAUAUGUAUCUAAUAGUAGUAUUUGAGGAGGACAACAUAACUGACUCAGUGCGGGUUUGAUCUUUUUAAUAUUUUCUUCAAUUCAUAACAGUGAAUUCACAGGCCCGACCAACGCCCUCCAACAGCUGCCAUAGUCACACACGUUUAUAGUUACAUAAACUAUAUUUAGAGAAGCUGUCACAUCAUUUUCAUAAAAGUAAGAAUCAUUUCUUCAUUUCAGUAUGGGGAUUUUCAGUCAUUUGUCUGUCCAUAUAAAGGGGAAGGAAACUGGUGUGGCUCUUAUUUUCAAACACAGUAAUAAAGAACACAGUUAUCUGCUGACAGGAGUACCAGCUAUGAGUUUAUCUGCUGCAGCGAGUGGAUUUGUUGUCUUCCUUCUCGUUGUACAAGUGGUUCAGAGUCAGAAUGACAUGAGAGUGACUUACAGGCCGACCAAAAUCUGUGCCUUGAAAGGAACAACAGUGGAACUAAGCAUGUACCUAUCCACAAGAAAUAGCCCGUCUACAGUCGAUAAAUCCUUUUGGUUUACCAAAGAGCAGGAUAACGAAUGUGUUGAUUUGACAACAGACUCACAGUAUGCAGAUCGUGUGAUGCACAUAUGUAUUGGGACGCGCUGCACUCUGAGAAUCACAAACUUGAGAAAAAGCGAUUCGGCUGUGUACAAGUUUAGGUUAAUAUCAAACCAACCUAAUGGAAGAUACACUGAUGAGCCUGGAGUCUUCUUGCAUGUCACAGAUCCAGAUCCCAAGGUGCAGAAGAUGACAAGUAAAAUGAAGUGUCACAGCAGUUGUACUUUACCUUAUCAGUACUCCUAUGUCUGGUACAAAAAUGGACAGGAAAUGCCAGAAGUCUCAUACCUUUAUUAUUCAGGCCCCUUUGUAUCUGGAGACAGCUAUACAUGUGCUUUGAAAGGAUUUAAGGAUUUCCCCUCUCCUCCUGUGUGUGCAAUAAGUAAAACCUGCAACAAAGUGACGUAUGCUGUCCGAGCCAUCUGUGCCUCCAAAGGCUCAUCGGUGGGCAUUUCUUGUACUUACAACAGUUAUGGAAGGAUCAUUUCAAAAUCCUGGUUCAGUCCUGGACUGAGUCACCAUUCGGGAUAUCAUAUGCGACCUGAGGACCUCAGUAGAGACCCCAGGUAUACAGGUCGCUUGCAGGUCUUUCACAAUGGGAAGGGACACACCACUUUGAAGAUCUCUGCGCUGAAUGAAAGCGAUUCAGCCCAGUAUCGUUUCAAAUUCACAACAGAAAUAAGUGGAUGGGGGAGUGCUGUACAUGGUACAAAUCUGACUGUCACAGCUUUACAGGUACAGGUGACUAGAAUAGCAGCCCACCAAUUUUACGUUGAGGCAGAUCUGAGGUGUCACAGCAGCUGCAGUGAAGCAAGUCGUCUUCCAUAUGGGUGGUUCAGGAAUGGAGAGCAAAUAAUCUCGCAGGAUAAAUCUUCUUAUAACCACUUUUUUCAUCUUGAAGACGAAAUCUCCUGUGCUUUAAAAGGACAUGAAGGAUUUCCCUCUCCUUCAGUGUAUGCUCCAAAGGUUACCUCAGUGUUGCUAAAUCCCCCUGGUGAGAUCAUGGAGAACUAUUCUGUUACUCUGACCUGUAGCACUGAUGCUAACCCAGCUGCUAAUUACACCUGGUACAAGAAGAAUGGAAAUUCAGACUUUCAGCCUUUCAGUGAAGAGCUGCAGCUUGUCUACAGUUCCAUUCAAUCCUCUGACUCAGGAGAGUAUUACUGUGCAGCUGAGAAUGAGCUGGGGAGAAGGGAAUCUGGACGCAUCAUCAUUAAUGUAAAACAUGCUCCAAAGCAUCCCUCAGUGUCAGUGAUUUCCCUUGACGAGAUAAUGGAGGGCAGUUCAGUGACUCUGACCUGUAAAAGUGAUGCUAACCCAGCAGCUA